AGCACUCACUGCUUGGACCUGUGUUGUAGAUAGAUGGGCUAGAUGCCACACGCCAUUAGCCUACAGGCUGCAAAGGUUGAAACUUUGAUUCCUCAUUCGUCUUCUUGUUUUGGGGGCUUUUUUCUCCUUUGCUUGGAUACUGCUGACUUAGGCGUUGGAUAUGUGCACACAGGAUGAUGACAACCCCUUUCCUCCCCGUAGAAGUAAAAUAAAAUAGGCUUUCGCACACACUGGAUUUACUCCUGUCGUUCCAUAUGAAGAAGUCAAACAUUUGGAUACGCAUUUGUGUCCAUUUACUGCUGUUCAUCGCACUUGGAGUACAUUCAAGUAAAUUUGACGUCAACCCAGUGACAGAUGACAUCUCUAGACUCUCUGUUUUGAGACAAAAUAUUCCUAAAGACUACAAAAUUCCUGUACAUUACGUUCCAAAAGAAGAGGGUGCGAUGUGUUGGGUAAAAUUAAACGUCUUCUACUUGGAGGAGAGUUUACAAGAUUUAGCACAUAAGUUUGGAAACAUUUCAUCCAACAGAAAAGAUAUUAGCAUAUUCAUCCAAAUGCUCCAAGAACUGCGGCUCAAUUUGGGGUCUGUGGAGCUGAUCAUGUAUGACUUUGAGUGCCACUACAGGAAAGAGAGGUGGCCGACAGCGCGAUACUUUGACUUUGUCAAAGACUUCCUUAUAGCUGCACAGAACACAGAGGAUUCAGACGACUGCGAUCCUCCUCCCUGUCCCACCACACCGCACACAGUAACAACAGAAGAAUAUUUAAAUGAAUCGCCCACGUCCAGCAGUAAAGGCUCCGAGUGUGCAACAGGCUGCAAACCACCUCAUGAACCGAGCGCCCUGACUGAGGUGAUGGAGCGAAGCCUUCUCUCCCUGCUGUUCAUUCCACUCCUAGCCCUGGUAUUCCUGCUUGUGUGGAAGGUCCGAUCACGGAGGAACGAGGAGGAUCUUCAAGAGAAUCCCGGAGAAGGUGCACUCUUCACAGGAACAGAAGGGACUGCACCUCCACUAGAUGCUGAAAUAUCAGAAAAAAACAAGUUGCACGUCAUUGAAACAGUGUAAAGCUUCUGCUCUUCAAUGUUCUUCAGCGUAAUUGGGCUCUACUCUUUUCUCCCGUUGACGUCCGAAGGUGAUGAAACACAAACGUGAAGCUGAAUUCCAUAAUGAGCUCUCGGAGGUAAAAGGCCUGUUUUUGACUGCUCUCCAGAUUCACAGUGGCAGACUGACAGUUGCCAUGAGUCCUCUGGUUAAACCACACCUGCUACCGUAUGGAUAAGCUUGCCUUUCUUGUCAGACUUCAUUAACCCCAUGCUUUUGAAAAAGACUGAGAUUUUAGCAGAGAAAACCCCCCCUACCGCUCCCCCACUGGAUUCUCCGGCUCCCACCAAUCGCCCACCAGAACCUGCUGCAUCGUGAACUCUUUGAGGAAGACCUUGCAUCUCCCUCAGCAUGUUGCUACAGUUUUUGGGCCCGCAGAGAGUGACUGACACAGCUUAGCUCUUAUGAACUGAGGCAUGAAUUACUACCUCCGGUGACCCUCACGUUAACCACCUCCUCAACAGCUCCACGGCUUCCUCUUAGUCUGGGUUUUCCCAAAGAAUAUAAUGUUAAACAAUGUAGUAUCAAGGUGUAGUCACAUUGUCUGCUUCAGGCAUGUACCCACGGGGGUGUGUGAUGUAUUUAUUUAUUGGUGGUGGCACUGAGCUGCUGCUGUUGAUACAGCUGAAAUGUUUCAAGCGAUCAUGUAAGAGCACCUCUACUAAUGGGUCACAUUUAGAGAACAAUCUGUGUACUAACACAUCGUAAAAACCCUUCCUGAACAAGUUACAUUUCCUCAUAUGAUGUUGUUGUCUGUAUAUAUGACUCGGGUGAUUUAGGAUUUGUGUGAAUGGAGAAAAAAAACAUAUACACAGAAUAUGCUGCUUUGACUAACUUACAUUUAGACCACUGAAAUUUGCAAUGACGUUCUGCUAACGAGUAUCAGGGAUGACUUCUGUGGAUCCAGGAUUAUUAUUAUUAUUAUUUUUUAAAGGUGAGCUGGAGCGUAGGUGUCAGACACGUGCAAGACAACGAUGGGCCUCCCAUAGUUAAUGUUCGCUCAACAAUGCCUUUAUUUUUUACGUAUCUCAUCUUUAAGCUUGCGAGGCGAAUAUUGUUACAGGAGAGAUUUUUGACAGCCUUUCGUCUGUGAGGGGCAAAGAAAGUCAAUCGCAGAUCGAAGACACAAAAGAAAGAAAUAAUAAGAAGUAAAAAGGAAUAUACAAAUGCUGCAUGAUACACAAUGUUAAAUCGAGCUAUCAAAGCUUGAGUUUUGGACCAAAUAUGCUCACAAAUCAAACCCAUUAGCUUAGACGGUUCACUCACGAGGUAUAAUCUGUUCUUACUGACUUUGCCUUUGUCCAGUAUCAGUGUUGUGCUCGCAUAAUAAAACCCAUUACAGACAAUCUGACAAAGCUAGUUAGAGCAUUCAACUGGACUCAAAUGCUAAUGAAAUGCUGAAGGAUGACGCCACUGUUUAGGAAAUUUGCAGACAUGCACCUAAGUUAUUUUCACAGUCCACAAAGCUCGCCACAUGGGAAUGCCACGCGCACCUAAAAAUCAAUUUUGCCUUAAAGUUGCACCAUGACACACUGUCAAAGGAAGUGCACCGUCACCUCCUUCACAUACUGAACUGCCACACAACGGUGUAAGUUUCAAAAAGUCUUCGCUUCUCUCGACAUACGGAGAUCCAUAAGAAAAAAGAAAAAGGAAAUCAUUUACCUGCAGUGAAAUCCAAGCAGUUGACCUGAGGUUGUUGAAUCCACAUGAAGGCAGAAGCCCUCAGGCUCAUUCCAAUGUUAAAUCAACACGCCCCUCCCUGCUUCCUCACCAUUAUCCGCUCUCAGAUCUGUUAAGUUCAGAGCUGGAGUCCCCCCCCCUUUCCCCUAAUUACACGUCUUAUCAGAGCUGUGAGGAGAGAAUGGUUUAAAAACAUCUGAACGGGGGCCGACUCCCACAAAGCCUUGCCCAGAAGCAAAGUAGAUCAAUAAUGGAUUAUAGCUAUUAAGGUAAUUAUCAAGAGUAUUAAUGACAAUCGGUAAAUAGGUAGGAGUGUGAACAGGGCACGCUGGCUGUGACCUUUCCCAUCAGGCCGCCCUGCUGUGAAUAGCUGACAAAGUGGCAGGACUCAAAUAUCUGUCUCUAGUUUCAGUAUUUCUAUCAUGUCUGUGGUCUUACAUUGUCCCAUGUUCACUCUUGGUUUUGUGCCUUGUUUGAUUAGUGUGACUGACUCCAUGUUAAAAGCCUGUCUGUACUUCUGUGUGGUAGCAGAGAGCGGAGAGGUCAUUACAGGGCAGAUUACAUGUCACCACAAGACCCCCCCACCCCCUAAGCAGACGCGAGCGCCAGACUCUCUCUCGGACAGGCGUCUGGAAAAAUGGCGGUUCAGAAAGUGAGAGAAAUAGAAAGAAUAAACUGCAGUGGUUGUGGCAUUUCCGUCACACGUUACAUUUUAGCCUUUGUAGCCUUUAGGAAACACUUAAACUGGUAACUGCUUGUUUCAUGUGUGUGUGGGACUAUCUGGUGGGAUUUUUUCUUAAUAGGAGACGACAGUAUAUUGUGCAAAAAUUUAAUCUUUGUUUGAAAAAAGUAAACCACAUUGGUGUUCAUAUAGUUCAGAGCAGCAGUACCUUUCAGCAUCAAUAGCUGGAAUUCUUUGGUGUGGUAAAGUAUUGUUUGUUGUGUUGACCUGCAAGAACGUUUUUUUUUUUUUUUUCAAUUCAAAAAUGCAUUUUUGAAGAACACUCUUUGUUAUUUUUACUCUUGAUGGCGAUGUAUUACCUGUGCCAUAGUCUCUAUGGCAUCUUAGAGCUGAGUCUGUGUUAGAAAAAGUAUACCACAUUGGUGUUCAUAUAGUCCACAGCGACAGUACUUCUAGUAGGGAUUUCUGAAAUUGCUGGUGUGGUAAAGUUUUUUAAAGCCUUUAGCAAAUUAUCUCUAUUCAAAAUGCAUUUUUGAACAAAUAUUGGAGCAUACUAUCUGCGGCAGUUUAGACCUGAGACUUCCUCUUCGAUCACCUUUAGGUUUCGCUUCUCUACAUGAAGACUAUUACGUGCAGUGCCCAGUAUUCUGACAGAGACACAGGCUAGUGUAGCCACAAACGAACUAACAAGCAAGGUAUGCUAUGUCAAAAGUUGCUUUUUAUACAUAGUCUAUGGAUAUCAUGAGCUGCAACAGGUCUAAGCUGUGAACAAAGCAAAAAAACAAAAAAAAAAAAAAAAAACAUGGUCUCCCAUUUUCCUGCCUUUUCAAGAGCCUCAAACAGUCUGUGUGUCUGAUGCAUGGAAGCCAGAAACCGAGCAAUUUCAUGCAUUAGUCGAGAGGAUGACUGCCCUUAAAUACUGUUCUUAAGUGGGUUGUUGUGUGGUCUGAGUGUGAGCAGAGCCACAUCUUGAACAGUGCUUUCAGGCUCUAGUGAUCCAACCUGUCCCACUUCUGUGGGAUGAAUUAAAUGGCUCGAGGCAGGAAAUAAGUCUGGGUGCCAAAAAGUAAAUGUAAUUAUUGCCCAGUUGGUAUUCUGGGUGAAAACUCUACUGUAUUCUGUAUUUUUGUAUAAAUGUAAAGAAACAUAUAUGAGAUAUGAAUAAAGUACAUGUACCCAA